AUGGUCAACCAAGCGAGUCGCGCGCUAGCGAGCCGUAUCAUUGACGCGGCGCACAAAAAAGAGGCGGCGGGCUGGUAUUUGACGAGCGCUCCGCGCCAAGGCGCGCUGCGUCGCUAUGGCGCGGGCUGCACGGCGCGAGGGUCGAACGCGGUGGCGUGCGCGAGGGCCCUCCCCUGUGGUAGCGGGAGAGCGGCGGCCUUAGGAAUGGCAUGUUGGUAA